GUGUUUUGUAUGUUGUUGUAUGAAGAAGAAGCUCCAAGCUCCAAGAAGAAGCUCGUUUACAACACUAACGGAUUGGAUGCCGGACUGUCCAUCGCUGAUUUCGCACCCCGGCUGUCGUUCUUCUGUGGCGUCGGCAUGAACUUCUACGUGGAUAUUGCGAAGCUGCGAGCGGCGCACUGGCUCUGGGCGCACAUGAUGGAGGAGACGUUCGCGCCGACGGACCCGCGCUCAAAGCUGCUGCGUAUUCACCGCCAGACGUCGAAGUGGACGAUCACGAAGAAGGAAAGCUAUCAUAAUGGAGAAUGCCUGAUUUGCUCAGGGAGAAGACGAGGCAUCUGCAUGUGCUCUCCCGUGGGUCUAGACUAAGGAUAUGUAUCAGUCGCUCCUGCAUGGAUAUGGCCACCAGCACCCAGUGGUCACCAGUAGGAUUCCUUUGGGUCAGAAUCACUGAAGCGGCACGGAUGCCAUCUCUACGUCUCGGUGAGUAACGUGACUGCACUUGGUAUGUAUAACAUGUGACAAGUGAUCUGAGCAGCUGUGUUCAUACAUGUGACUGCACAACCCCAUGCAACAUAGCUCUGUGCAUCGCUCGUAGCAGAAGUCUUCAAUGCAAGUAUCACCAGGGGGGUACCCAGACAUUUUUUGAUGGUACGCAAAAUUGCACUCAAAAUUGUCAAAGUUGUUAUUUUUAUUGAAAAUGAAAUCCUUCCGACCAUCUGGCGUAAUGACACUGUAGUCAUUAUUCUUAUCACAUGCAUAAUUCUGUAAGCCCAACUGAACGUUGCAUUAUUUUGUUUUAGUAAAAAGAUC